CACCUAAUCACUUCGGUACUGUACGCACUGAAGCUGUUUCACUCGGCGAAAGUUGUUUUCCUGUCGUUAAGCAGCUAUAACGGCUUCCUAGUAGCUUCCUAGUAGUUCUCAAGACGCACAGAUGCGAAUCUGAAUGAGCAGGCGGUGCAGGGCGUUUCUCAGUGCACCACACGUCGCAGUUUCGGUUGUGCUUGCGUGCCGUCGAGCGUUUGGUUUUGUCACGUCUUCAUGAAGACAAGUCGGAACCUUCGAAACGCCGAACGAUACCAGUGUCUCCACAUGCCACUGGAGUUUCUGUACACUGUGUAAUAUUUCAUACUUAACGAACCGGCUUGAACACUCAGCCGGUUACGAAACGUCAAGAUGAGUGCCGUCGCCGCAAUUCGACUCUACAUUGACAAGAUGAUAGAAGAAAGUGGGCCGGGAAUGAAAGUGUUGAUGAUGGACAAAGAAACCACGACCACUGUGAGCGUGGUAUAUGCCCAGUCAGAAAUGCUGCUCAAAGAAGUCUACCUCUUUGAGAGAAUCGACGUGUGCGCUGGCACUGAAGCGAUGAAGCAUAUGAAAUGCAUUGCAUUCCUGCGGCCGAUUCGGGAGAAUGUGGAGCUGCUCGUCCAAGAACUCAGAAAUCCUCGUUACGGUCAAUACUACAUCUAUUUUAGCAACACAGUUAACCGCAGUGACAUCAAGGAGCUUGCGGAGGCUGAUGACCAGGAGUGUAUACAGGAAGUCAAGGAGUUCUUUGGGGACUAUGUGGCCUUGGCACCUCACCUAUUUUCAUUCAACCUGACUGGCUGCUUUCAGGGUCAGCGCUGGAGUACGGCUGCCUUUGAGAGGAGCGUUCAGGGUCUGGUGGCGCUGCUUCUCAGCCUGCGCAAGGCUCCAGUGGUGCGCUAUCAGUGCAACUCGGAGCCAGCUCGGCGGCUAGCUGAAGGCGUCUCGCAAUGGAUGAAAAGAGAAGCGAAGCUCUUUGACUUCAGGAAACCAGAGGUGCCCCCAUUACUGCUAAUCUUGGACCGUAGAAGUGAUGUAGUGACACCACUUCUAAAUCAGUGGACAUAUCAGGCAAUGGUUCAUGAGCUGCUAAAGAUCCAAAACAACCGAGUCAACCUUUCUCAAGUUCCUGGCCUCUCACGAGACUUGCAGGACAUGGUACUGUCAGAAGAUAAUGAUGAGUUCUACAGCAACAAUAUGUACAAGAACUUUGGUGAGAUUGGUUCCAACAUCAAGGACCUCAUGGAAGAGUUCCAAGCCAAGACAAAAAGUCAUGAGAAAGUCGAGUCUAUAGCUGACAUGAAGGCAUUUGUGGAGCAUUACCCUCAGUUCAAGAAGAUUCAAGGGACGGUGGCCAAACACGUCACAUUGGUUGGUGAACUGUCCCGUCUAGUCGGUGCACACAGCCUACUGGAGGUGUCCGAGGUAGAGCAAGAAAUUGUGGCCACCAGGGACCACUCGGAUCUUCUCAAGCGGGUACGAAGUUUGAUUGGCAGCAGCAAAGUCCGUGACAUUGACUGCCUUCGGCUGGUCAUUUUGUAUGCCUUGCACUUCGAUAAACAUAGCAGCAGUGACCUCAGUGGUCUGGUGCAUCUCAUGAAAAACAGAGGCAUCUCUGAAACCCUUUUACGAAUGAUACCAGCAGCACUUGACUUUCAAGAACGCAAGCUCCAGCCUAAUGAUAAGUUCAGCGCUGAUAAUGUUCGCGCCUUUACAAAAAAAGUCAUCAAAGGUCUAAAGGGUGUGGAAAACAUCUACACACAACAUGUGCCACUUGUCUACGACAUACUGGAAGACUUGUUGAGAGGUCGGCUAAGAGACAAUGCUUAUCCUCAAGCCUAUGCACCGUCUGACAGCGGCAGCAUUCUACGCUACCAAGACAUAACGGUGUUCAUUGCCGGUGGGGUGACAUACGAGGAAUCCCUUUCCAUAUACAAGCUCAAUGUAGCAAACUCUACAGUUCGUAUCAUGUUGGGGGGAACGUGUAUCCACAACUUCUCUAGCUUCCUGGACGAACUUCGAGCUGCAUCUAGUGAAUAUACGAGGUCGGGAAGACGUCUGUAACAUUGACAUUCCAUGUUUUGAAAGUAUGUACUCUUGUCUAACUGGCAUUAGUGUAUGGCGUUUCACAAGAAGGACUUGAAUUUGGACCUGGAGAGAUAUUCUUUGUGUAUUAGGAAGUGGUCUGAAGUACCGCUAUGGACGCGAAGAAACUGAGUGUGGCAGCGCCCCCCAACCGGCACUCGUUAAAAGAGGAGUCUUUUUGACACCAAGAGCAACUUUGUUAAACGUGUGAAUAUUGUAAAGUUCUUGUUGUGUGCAAGUGCGUACAAUUAAAUAUUGUAUAAAUAAGAA